AUGUUUGCUUCAAGCUGCCUGCCGCUCGAGUUUUCAUCUUUUCUCAUGGCCCGAUUCCAUUGGCUGCAUGUGUCGAAUUCACCCGACCGAGUGCAUCUGGCCGCCACUAAAGACAGCAUGCAUCGUAAGGCUGUAAUCAACACGGCCGACUCGUCACGCCGUUACAGUUCAGACUCCUCGGAUUUGGAAAGCAUCGGACAGGCAAAGGCUAGCAACGGCGAAAUCCUGGGCUCUUAG